UCUGAAUAGCUACUUCCUGAAUAGCAUCCGUGUUGACGUAUCAGUUUAGUAUCCACGCAGCUGGAAAUAGUCGAGCAUCUAAAACCAGUGACUUUGAAUUUAUAGCAAAGGUGUUUAUAUCUUAAUGCCGUUAUUUUACUCGGAACACAUUUGAAAUGAAUACUAUCGCAAUACUAGUUGCUUUUACUGCAUUUGUGAUACUAGUCGGUGUGGACGAUGUCAGCGCCGAUACAACUACAACUUUGGAACCCACAACGUCAACUAUAAAAUCAACAACGACAACUAUGACAGCCAGAACGACAACUGUGGAAUCCACAACUACGAAUUUGCCACCCACAUCGACAACUGUGGAAUCCACAACUUCAAAUGUGCCUCCCACAACGACAACUGUGAAAUCCACAACUUCAACUGUGCCUCCCACAACGACAACUGUGGAAUCAACAACUUCAACUAUGCAAUCCACAACAACUUUAGAUUCCACAACAUCAACUGUGCCCCCAACAACGACAACUGUUGAAUUCCUAACAUCAACUGUGCCACCCACAACGACAACUGUGGUAUCAACAACGACAACUGUAGAAUCAACAACAUCAACUGUGUCACCCACAACGACUACUAUGCAAUCCACAACCACUCCGUCGAACAUAACAACCAAUCCGUCAAACGUAACAACCACUCCGUCAAGCGUCACAACCACUCCGUCGAACAUCACAACCACUCCGUCAAACGUAACAACCACUCCGUCGAACAUCACAACCGCUCCGUCAAACAUCACUUCCACUCCGUCAAACGUCACAACCACGCCUUCCAACGUCACAACCACACCAUUCAAGACCACAGCCACAACGUCAAAUAGCACAACCAACGCGCCGAAGAACAAGUUCAACGCCCUGUCCUUCGGAGGAGGGAUCAUCCUCGGAUUCGGGGUGGCGCUCAUUGCCGCUCUCAUUUUCUACUGCGUCGGGAGACAGAAGCGCACCGGAUACGCCUCAAUCUAAGAUCAACAAUUGGGUGACACUGAUUUUUACGUUUGGAUCAGUAAACAAAGCAGUUUUGUAGUAUAGGAGAACGCACUUGUUAAUUGCCUAAUGUUAUGGAAGUUAUUACCCGCUUUCGUUCUUGUCUUCAUGUUAACACUUGAAACAAUCGAUUUAUCUGAUAACAAUAUGGCGGUGAAAUCCCUUUUUCGCUGCUAUGUUUUUUUUUUAAAUUAAGUUUCGCCGUUUUGUAAUUCCUAUUAAACUAAUUUAAAUUAGUAUGUGCCUCUUCGAAGAAGUGGGUUAUAUUGCUUUACAUUUCUCCGUCGGUCGGUCGUUUUGUUUGAGGAAGUAAUGACAAUUCAUGGUGUUGAGAUCAAAAAGUCAACGUUCAAGGACACUAUGGCAUGUUACAGGAAGCUCGUUCUUCCAUGAAAUAUCUUCAGAACGCUUUGACAUAAGACCAAACAAACGGGUGAACCGGUAAUGCAUACUUGGGUAUUAACACUAAAAGUGAGGUAAUGUCACAAGGGCUUGUAUAUGAAAUUGGUUUCCGCUCAAUAUCUACAUUGUUCUAAUGAUCAUAUGUAUUAGUAUGCUUGUGAGCCUCGACGAACGAUAACCCGUAAUGAUUUUGAACUCAGGUCAAGGUCACACGGAUGACCUUACUGCAAGCAAGGACAUACGUGUUCUAAUAUUUACUUUUUUAAUGUUCAUCAGCUCAUACUUGUACUUUUAAAUGCCAGCAUGUAUGUAGAACUUUGAUACUCGUAUUGAAUCAGCGAACGCUUUAGAGAAUUAAAAACCGCACGAUGAGUUGACGCUUUUUCAUACAUGUGUAUUUUAAUAAUUGUUGUAGUUAGCAUCCUAUUACUUGAUAACGCUGAACACCAUAUGCUUAUGGUUUAUGUUAAAUAUUUGCGAUGAUUACAAUAUUUGUCACAAAAAGAUUGUAAUGUUUAGCAUAAAAAACCGUUUGUUGUAUGUGUGUGACCCAUCUUUUCUUAAUGUUCAUGCAGGCUAAAAUAGUUGAAUAAUUAUAUGUGUGUGUCGGUGUAAUAAGUAAUUAAUAUGUCAGCACAUUUUCUAUAAGUUUCAUUCGGUUUUAUGAUUAUGAUGUAAAACUAAUCACACAAUAAAUAUUAUAUAUAUUUAUUUGAAAAUAAUUGUGUCUUUUACAUUUAAUAGUAGUUGCACAUGAGAAUGUCUUAUUAUUAUAGUUGUUUUCUUAUUCUCCUUAAUAGCCACAAUUUUCUUUUGUGCGAAUUACCGAUGGUUUGAUAAUUAUGUUUGAUGUGUGUUUGUCAUCUGUACUAUUUUGAUUGACCGUUAAAUCAUUAAAAGGUUUCCUGUAA